AUGUCUUCUAACGCUCCAGUUCUACGAGCAGAAACGCCCACAAAGAUAACGAUUCGGACGAAGGAAAAAAAGACAUUUACACCUUCCGACAUUUGCCGUAUCGGCGUCCGACCACCACCUUUUUGGCCGGAAGAGCCAGCAGUAUGGUUUGCUCAGUUGGAAGGCAACUUUCUGUUAUCUGGGAUAAAGGACGACGCAACAAAAUUUUAUUAUAUUACGUCAACCCUAGAGCAGAGAUACGCAGCAGAAGUUAAAGACAUAAUUGUCUCACCACCUGACAAAGACAAAUAUGAAAAGCUGAAGACCGAGCUCAUAAAACGACUCUCUGCGACACGUGAAAAGGAGGUGAAGCAGCUACUUAUGCAUGAAGAGCUGGGUGAUCGUCGACCAUCACAGUUUCUACUUCAUCUACAGCAUCUCGCUGGACCUAGCGUACCUGAUGAUUUCCUUAAAACCAUCUGGUGCAGCCGUUUACCACAUAGCAUACAGACAGUGAUAGCAUCACAGACAACCUCAGAUUUGCAGGCUUUAGCAGACUUAGCUGACCGCGUCCACGACAUUGUGCCUUCAACACCUCAAGUCGCCGCUGCAGAGCGCACGCAAAGUUCAGUCUUACAGACGAUGGCUAAUCAAAUUUGCGAACUUACAAAGCAAGUUCAAGCCCUCUCCACGCGCGUACACAGGCCAAGAUCUUUGAAUCGCAACACCAGACGAGCACGUAAGACCAGCCGCUCCAGAUCUGAUUACAGGAAAUUUCCCACAUGCUGGUAUCACCACAAAUUUGGAAACAAGGCAGACAGAUGCAUUAAGCCCUGCGACUUCAAGCCGGAAAACUGCCAAGGCGGUCGAUAA